AUGGCGCCGCAGCUGUUGAAGGAUUUAGCCACCCAUUCCCGCAAGUGGAUUAUUCAAUGUCGGGUGGCUCGGAAGUGGAUUGCAACUAACUGCAACACAGGAAAGGUUCUGCAUAUGGACAUGGUGUUGCUCGAUUCUGAGGGGUCGGAUAUUUGGGCCAUGGUUCCUCCUCUCUUGAUUUCAAAAUUUGAAUCGAGUCUGAAGGAGCAAGAAGUGUAUGAGAUUAGGCAUUUUAAGGUUGCUUUGACGAAGAACUCAUUCAGGCCAGUCCCCAACCGUUUGAUGAUUGAAUUUGAUUCAGCCACCUUAGUCCAGCAUGUUCAAUCGGUUCCAAAGAUACCACUCCACAAGUUCUACUUUCUGAAACAAGCUGAUAUGAUGCAGAAGUUGUAUGAUAAGAAGAAUCUUUCAGGGGAUCUUUGUUUGUCAUCAACAAGAGCUACACAGCUAAACAGCAAUCUGGAUAUUCCAGAAGUGCAUGCCUUUAAUGUUGGGAAAACAACUCUCACAACACCUGUUUUGAUUGCUGAAGUCCCUCCUGUUGAGAUCCCAAAGAUUUCAAUUGCUCAGCUGAAUGAUUUCAAAACCAUGGAGGAACACACUGACAAAUUGUUUGCGAUUGAAGGGAAAGUGAUUCAAGUACGCCCUAAUUGGUGUUACAUGGGAUGCGCUGUAUGUCCUCGCAAGGUGGAAGAGGAUCUGGAAGAGUACUUUUGUGGACACUGUAAGACCACAUCUUCCAUUGCUAAGGCCAAAUUUAGAGUGAAGCUCCAAGUGCAAGAUGAUAUUGGAGAAGCUGAUUUUGCAAUUUUAGAGCAUGAAGGUGUGCGAUUUUUUGGAGUGAUGGCUGAUGUCUUAUUCCAGUCAAAUCAGCGACAAAAAGAACCCAUUACAUUGCAUAUCCAACAGGUUCUUAACAUGACACUGAAGCUUCAUGUUCGCCUCACUCAGUUCAAUUUCUCGAAUCCUCAAGCUGAGUAUUCUGUGGCUAGCGUUGAUCAUGACCCUCUUCAGCAAGUGACUAAGAUACCUGAUCCUGUGAGCGUUGGUGGAUCAAGCUCUUGCGGGUUGAAAAGGAAGCAUGAUGAUGAUGCUGACCCUGUGGAAGAAUAG